AUGGACUUUAGCUUUCGAGAACCAACAUUAGAAGUCAAACGCGUGCAAUAUCGAGUUGUCCAGGGCAAAGAUACAGUUGAUACUUUGGAGACUUAUUUGCGCGAUCGGAAUAUGCAGGGAUUAUUGCGGGAAUAUAUUAGACGGGGGUACUUGACUGGAGAGAUGCCGAUGGAGAUGGAAUCGGAGUUAGGGGAUGCACCAGAAGAAGAGUUGAUGGCCUGGGCGGAAAAGGCGGCUAAGGAGGUGGAGUAUGAACAGUUCGUUCGGGUGACUAGAUGGUUGUUUGAGAAAAAUACGUCAUUGGCUUUGAAGUUUGACGUGUAUACGGCUGAGAUAAGAAUGUUGAUUCUUUUAGAGCGGAAUAGUGAGAUUUCUUUACUGAUCAAGAAGAUAGAAGGAUUGAUUGAGUUGGGGAUAGAUUGGGGGAGAAGGAAUAAGUUUAAGGUGUAUAAGGGACUGGUGCAUUUACUAUCUCGGGAGUAUCGAGAAGCAUCAAGACAGUUUUCAGAAUCUUUAUCUACUUUUGAAGGGGAAGAGUUAUUGACUUACUUGGAGUUAGUGCGUUACACUAUUUUUUGUGGGAUGAUUUCUCUAUCUAGAUUGGAGAUAGAGAAGAAUUUGAUUGAUUCGAGUGAGAUUUGUGAAGUGAUUAAGGAAUUACCUGGUGCUAGAGAGAUGGUGCAUGCAUUUUAUGAAUGUAGUUAUGCUAACUUGUUCUCUUGGCUGGCAGUCUUUUCUAAGUCGCUUUAUGAAGAUAUGCACUUGCAAGAUCGAGUGGACUACUUUGUUUAUUUGGUGAAGGUACAGGCGUAUGCUCAGCUUUUUAUGAGUUAUAAGGCGAUUUCAUUGGAGCAGAUGUCUUUGAUCUUUGGGGUGAGUACUGAGUAUAUUCAUCGAGAUAUUGAAAGUAUGAUCUUAAGAGGAGAUCUUCUUUGCAAGAUCAACCACCAGAAAAUGAUGGUGUAUAACACUCCGGCCCAGCCGAAGGACACAGUGGCUAUCCAGGCCGAAGAGAUCUCACAUACCAUCCAAAAGAUGAUCUCCAGUGAAUAA